CCUCCUCCCUCUUCCCUCCUGCGGGGCCAAGGCUGGCUGAGCAGACGGCAGGACCCUGUGCCCGUCCACGGCCCUGACCGCUGCCAUGGGGCUGUUCCUGGCACUGCUGCCCCUGCUCCUGGGGGCCUGCCUGGCUGCUGCGCAGGACGUGCCCCCGAGGCCCGUCGCCUCCCAGGACUGCCCGGUGGACCUGUUCUUUGUACUGGACACAUCGGAGAGUGUGGCCCUGCGGCUGAAACCCUACGGCGCCCUGGUGGACAAGGUCAAGGGCUUCACCAAGCGCUUCAUUGACAGCCUGAAGGACAGGUUCUUUCGCUGUGACCGUAGCCUGGCCUGGAACGCAGGCGCCCUGCACUACAGUGAUGAGGUUGAGGUGGUCCGUGCGCUGUCGCCCAUGCCCGCCCAGAGCCGGGAACUGCGGAGCAGCAUAGACACCAUCAAGUACUUUGGGAAGGGCACCUUCACCGACUGCGCCAUCAAGAGGGGGCUGGAGCAACUGUUGGUGGGGGGCUCCCACCUGCGGGAGAACAAGUACCUGAUCGUGGUGACUGACGGCCACCCGCUGGAUGGCUACAAGGAGCCCUGCGGGGGCCUGGAGGACGCAGUCAACGAGGCCCGGCACCUGGGCGUGAAAGUCUUCUCUGUGGCCAUCACGCCAGACCACCUGGAGCCCCGUCUGAGCAUCAUUGCCACUGACCACACAUACCGACGCAACUUCACGGCGGCCGACUGGGAGGGCAAGCGGGAAGCAGAGGCAACCAUCAGUCAGACCAUCAGCACCAUAACAGACAUGAUCAAAGACAAUGUGGAGCAAGUGUGCUGCUCCUUCGAGUGCCAGCCAGCCAGAGGACCCCCCGGGCCGCGAGGUGACCCCGGGUACGAGGGAGAGCGAGGGAAGCCUGGUCUGCCGGGAGAGAAGGGGGAAGCCGGAGACCCCGGACGGCCCGGGGACCUCGGACCUGUGGGGUACCAGGGCAUGAAGGGGGAGAAGGGUGUCCGAGGAGAGAAGGGCUCCAGGGGACCCAAGGGUUAUAAGGGCGAGAAGGGCAGGCGUGGUGUGGACGGUCUGGACGGCAUGAAGGGCGAGAUGGGGUUCCCCGGCCUGCCGGGCUGCAAGGGCUCCCCCGGAUUUGAGGGUGUCCAAGGUCCCCCGGGGCCCAAGGGUGAUGCUGGUGCCUUCGGACAGAAAGGAGAGAAGGGUGAGCCCGGAGCUGACGGGGAGCCGGGGAGGCCUGGGAGCACGGGUCCCCCGGGAGACGAGGGCGAGCCGGGACAGCCAGGCCCCCCCGGAGAGAAGGGAGAAGCCGGGGACGAGGGGAGCCCCGGGCCAGACGGAGCCCCUGGAGAGAGGGGUGGGCCUGGGGAGCGAGGCCCCCGGGGGACGCCCGGAGUGCGAGGCCCCAGAGGAGACCCGGGAGAAAAUGGACCACAAGGUGACCAGGGCCGGGAAGGACCGGCUGGAAUCCCUGGAGACCCGGGCGAGGCCGGGCCCGUUGGGCCGAAAGGCUACAGAGGCGACGAGGGUCCCCCUGGGGCUGAGGGUCCCAGAGGAGCCCCAGGCCCGGCAGGCCCUCCCGGAGACCCCGGGCUGAUGGGCGAGAGGGGAGAAGACGGCCCCCCCGGCAACGGCACCGAGGGCUUCCCCGGCUUCCCCGGUUACCCGGGCAGCAGGGGCCCCCCUGGCAUCAACGGCACCAAGGGCUACCCCGGCCUCAAGGGGGACGAGGGAGAAGCAGGAGACCCUGGAGAGGACAGCACAGACGCUCCGAUCCAAGGCGCCAAGGGAGCCAAGGGGUAUCGCGGUGCCGAGGGCCCCCCGGGCCCCCCGGGACACGUGGGACCACCAGGGCCAGACGAGUGUGAGAUUCUUGACAUCAUCAUGAAGAUGUGCUCGUGCUGUGAGUGCACGUGUGGCCCCAUCGACAUCCUCUUCGUGCUGGACAGCUCAGAGAGCAUCGGCCUCCAGAACUUCGAGAUCGCCAAGGACUUCAUCCUCAAGGUCAUCGAGCGUCUGAGCCGGGAUGAGCUGGUCAAGUUCGGCAAGGGGCAGUCGCAGGUGGGCGUGGUGCAGUACAGCCACAACAGCAUGCAGGAGCACGUGGCCCUGCACAGCCCCCACAUCCGAGGCCUGCAGGAUCUCAAGGAAGCCAUCAAGAAGCUGCGGUGGAUGGCGGGGGGCACGUUCACAGGCGAGGCCCUGGAGUACACGCGCAGCCAGCUACUGCCCCCCACCCAGAAUAGCCGCGUGGCCCUGGUCAUCACCGACGGGCGCUCGGACACCCAGAGGGACCCCACACCCCUCAACGUCCUUUGUGGUCCCGAUGUCCAGGUGGUGUCUGUAGGCAUCAAGGACUUGUUUGGCGCUGGUGCCAGCACUGACCAGCUCAGCGUCAUCUCGUGCCAGGGCCAGCCACAGGGCCGGCCUGGACUCUCGCUGGAGAAGGAGAACUUUGCAGAGUUGUUGGAGGACGCCUUCCUGAAGAAUGUCACCACCCAGAUCUGCAUCGACAAGAAGUGCCCGGACUACACCUGCCCCAUCACCUUCUCAGAGCCGACGGACAUCGCCAUCCUGCUGGACAGCUCGGCCAGCGUGGGCAGCCACAACUUUGAGGCCACCAAGCGCUUUGCCCAGCGGCUGGCUGAGCGCUUCCUGGGGGCGCGGAGAGCACCUGCAGCGGGCGUGCGGGUGGCCGUGGCGCAGUACGGCGGGCAGGGCCAGCAGGGGCCGGGCCGGGCGGCGCCGCGGCUGCUCACCAACCUCACGCUGGUGGCCGAGGCGCUGGACGGCCUGGCCUUCCUCAACGAGGCCACUGACCUGCCGGGCGCGCUGGCCUCCGCCACCCAGUUCUUCCGCCAGGAGUCGCCCGGCGCCGCCCGCAGACGGCUGCUGCUCUUCUCGGACGGCCACUCGCAGGGCGUCUCUGCCGAGGCUCUGGAGAAGGCCGUGCAGGACGCCCAGCGGGCCCGCGUCGAGGUGUUUGUGCUGGCGGUGGGCAGCCGGGUGCACGAGCCCCACCUGCGGGUGCUGGCCGCGGGAAAGGCCGCCGAGUACGACGUCGCCUUCGGGGAGCGCCACCUCUUCCGGGUGCCCAGCUACCAAGCCCUGCAGCGCGGCGUGCUCUACCAGACCGUGUCCCGCAGGGUGGCCCUGGGCUAACAGGGGCUCCCCGACACCAGCCCACCAGCCCACCACCCCGGGAGACCCCCCACCCCCGUCUACCUCCCCACCCUGCCCCGUCCCUCAUCCCCACCCAUCACCCCUGGGUGAUCCCCCCUUUCCCCUGCCCUCGCCUCAGGGCACUUUCCUCCACCUACCCCCGGCUGAGGGCUGCACUCUGGAGGGGGGGCCUGAGCCAUCCUCGGUGUUCACACAGCCUCAGGCCGAGGGACCAUCACACCCCACAGAGGUGCUGCCCACGCAGGUGCCGAGGGCCCCUCGAGGGAGCUAGCGGUCAGUGCUGAGUGAGCCCCUCCCCGUGAGGUCACUGCAAUAAAGGUGCUUGUUACCCUCCGA